CAUAUUUUGAAGUUUACUUUCAUUUUAUCAAUAAAACAUUUGUGUUUCAAUACUUUAUGAUUAAAAAAUCAUUAUCACAUCUAAAAACAAUUUAAAAAUGAAUUUCACAAGCAAACAGCGAGUGAGAAUUUUAUACAAAACCAUUUUGAAAUUGCACAGAGGUCUGCCCAAGGAAUUACAAGUUUUAGGCACUAAUUAUGCAAAGGACGAAUUUAAAAGACAUAAAACGUGUAGUACAGAGGAAGCCGAGGUCUUUGUAAACGAAUGGACGAACUAUGCUAUAUCUUUAGCGGAACAAUUAGGAUUAAGGGGACCUCAUACAGGUACAAAACGAUUGGGUUCACAACUAGCAAAAGAUGAUAUUGAUCAGUUACGUGAUGAGCAAGUGCACCAGCUAUAUGAAUUAAUGGAAGAAGCCACCAAAACAAGUUGGAAUGAAUCUCCUAAAAGAUGAUUGUACUUAGAUGAUUUUUAGCAUUAUUUGUAAAUAAAUAAUUUAAAAAUAAAUUUGUUUGUU